AAUGAAGAUACAGAAUGGAAUGAAAUUUUAAGAGAUUUUGGCAUUCUUCCUCCAAAAGAAGAGCCAAAAGAUGAAAUUGAAGAAAUGGUUUUACGUUUACAGAAAGAAGCAAUGGUUAAACCAUAUGAAAAGAUGACUCUUGCACAGUUGAAGGAAGCUGAAGAUGAAUUUGAUGAAGAAGAUAUGAGAGCUAUUGAAAUAUAUAGAGAAAAGCGGUUACAGGAAUGGAAAGCUCUUAGGAAAAAACAAAAAUUUGGGGAAUUAAGAGAAAUUUCUGGAAAUCAGUACGUGAAUGAAGUCACAAAUGCAGAAAAAGAUGUAUCAGUUAUAAUUCAUUUAUACAGAUCAAGCAUCCCAAUGUGUUUGUUGGUUAACCAGCAUCUUAGUCUCCUAGCAAGAAAGUUUCCAGAAACUAAAUUUGUUAAAGCCAUCGUGAAUAGCUGUAUUCAACACUACCAUGACAAUUGUUUACCAACAAUUUUUGUUUAUAAAAAUGGUCAGAUAGAAGGCAAAUUCAUUGGAAUGAUAGAAUGUGGAGGGAUAAAUCUCAAGCUGGAAGAACUUGAAUGGAAACUAGCAGAAGUUGGAGCAAUACAGACUGAUUUAGAAGAAAACCCCAAAAAAGGCAUUGUAGAUGUGAUGGUAUCUUCAAUUAGAAACACUUCUAUUUAUGAUGACACUAAUAGUUCAAACAGUGAUAAUGAUACCAAAUAGAAAUAUUUAAUAAAUAGCUUCAAAUUAUUUA